AUGUCCGGCUACCCAACCCGAAGUUUCCCAUCCCACAUGCGACAGCCCUCUCUCGGGCCUGGCGCGGGGGGCCAGUCUCCAGCUCUGGUGGCACGAGUGAACGAGAAGAAGGCCGAACUCGAGAACCUUAAAGAGCUCCGGGAUUUGAGUGCUGCAGUUGCGUCACAGAUGGAGGCUCUUGAACAGAAGUUAGGAACUCUCUCAGACGGAACGGAAGCCAUUGCUCUGGUCUUCGCUAAUUGGCAUAAUGUGCUGAGGGCGAUCAACAUGGCAUCGGCGAAACUUCCCAAGCCCAACCCCGAAGCCGAAGACACAACGCCCUUGCCACAGACACUCGUCCGGAUCCCGACCGAACAUGCUCCUGCUCUACAAGCACAUGCGGAGGGCGCAGCUGAAGAGCAGGAAUCAGGCUGA